GACCCGUCAUUCGCGCAGCUCAGAUGUAGUCGCCUAGUUAUACUGUACUCGAUAACACACCAUAUGAAAUUGGAUGCCAUGAUUUGUCUGCCCCAUCAGGACUCCAACUCACUUAUGACUUACGGCAUUCUGCCCGCAGCAUUCAUAUUCUAGCUGCUUCACGUAAAAAGAAACUCCCCUAAAUAGUAUCGAACAGCAAAUACCUCCUCCAUUGCGGUGUGCAUUGUACUUUGCUAUUUAAUUCAUUAUGCCCAGCCAACUCAAAUCGUUCCUCGGAACGAUAAGGAAGAAGCCGACGAAGGCACCAGACGGAAGACCAGACGAAUCGACAAACGGCAUGGCAGCAACAAACGAGAAGACGAGUAUUGUUCAUGACCUGACACACCUCGGUGUCAAAGACACCAUUGGAGUGGCCGAGGCCAUUCCCAAGCUUGCAAGCGGGGAGCCCAUCGAUGACAAGAGCAAUUUGCUCGAGCAUGGAGUAGCAAUGCUGCAGGGUUUGCCGGCUAACAGUGGACUUGGUGAGAAGGCAGCAAAUGGCUUCAUCAAAAUGCUUUGGCAUGAUUUACCGCACCCUCCUCCCACCCUAGCUGGCCCUAACUCUCGAUAUCGACGACACGACGGCGGCGACAACAAUCCUUGGAAUCCUGAGAUGGGGAAAGCGGGAUCGCCAUACUCCCGGAGUGUGCCACCGCUGAAGACCAAAGGCCCCAAUCUACCUAAUGUAGAAGACGUGUACGAAACGCUGCUCAAGCGUGAAGGGCCCUUUCGAAAGCAUCCUUCUGGCCUUAAUCGUCUCUUCUUCUCGUUCGCGACGGUGGUCAUACACGAAUGCUUUCAAACUUCUCGGAAAGACCCGUGGAUCAACGAGACUUCGAGCUAUGUGGAUCUGAGCACUCUCUACGGCAACACUGAGAAAGAGCAGCUGCGUGUAAGGACAUACAAGAGUGGUUUGAUUUACCCAGACUCCAUCGCCUCAGAGCGUAUUAUGAUGAUGCCGCCUGGUGUCGUUGCGGUACUACUCAUGUUCUCAAGGAAUCACAACUAUAUUGCCGAAAGCCUGCUUUCUAUUAACGAAGACGGGAAGUACAAGCCUUGGGAUAAACUAGACGAGGAUGGACAGAAAUGGCAAGACAACGACAUUUUCCAGAUUUCACGCAACAUCAACGUUGGUUUCUUCGCCUCUUGCGUCCUAAAAGAUUACGUCGCUGCAAUCCUCAACACACCGCGUGCAAAUUCGACUUGGACGCUCGAUCUCGGCAAAGAAAUCCGCGAUAAAGGAACCCGCGUCGAACGCGGGACAGGCAACGUCGUAUCUGUCGAGUUCGCCGUCCUCUAUCAUUGGCAUGCUGCUCUCAGUGCCGCGGACGACAAAUGGAUGGAAGACAUCAUCCGCCGCACACACCCGCAUGUCGAGUCUGUCGACGACGUCACUGUCGACAUGUAUCGGCAGAUCAUGAAAGACUAUGGCCAUGAGUUUGCCAAAACCGAACCGCGUAAAUGGACUUUUGGUGGUCUCCAACGUGGUCCUGAUGGGCGCUUCGACGAUGCGCAGUUGGCUGAUCUGAUCAAAAAUUGUAUUGAAGAGCCUGCUCAUGAGUUUGGCGCCCAUGGGACACCAGCUAGCUUGAAGGUGGUAGAUCUCAUGGGACAAUUGCAGGCUCGUGAUGUUUUCAACGUGUGCACCCUGAACGAGUUUCGCCGCUACCUGAACCUCCAAGCGUACAAGAACUUCGAAGAAUGGAACCCAGAUACCAAAGUAGCCAAAGCCGCAGAGCUCCUUUACGGCAACAUCGAAAAUCUCGAGCUAUAUCCUGGCCUCAUGGCUGAAUGUACGAAACAGCCCAUGCCAGGAAGUGGCGUGUGUCCUGGCCAGACCACCGGUCGCGGUAUUCUAGAUGAUGCGGUUGCUCUUGUUAGAGGGGAUCGCUUUUUGAGCUACGACUUCAAUAGCAAUACCUUGACGCAGUGGGGGGCUGCGAAACUCCAGAGCACUCCACCUGGCUCUUACGGUGGGAUGCUACCUCAGCUAUUUUUCACUGGACUUCCUACUGCUUUUACUGGCACGUCACCUUAUGUGUUACUGCCAUUUUAUACACCGGAGGCUGCGAAGAGUAUCCUCAGUGAUAAUGGGGUUUUGGCCAAGUACGAUAUUGCUAGAUCUCCGAGCAACCAUCGAGUGAUCAGUAUCCAAACGCACGAAGCUUGCAAGAGAGUGUGGGAGGACCGCAAAACAUUCGUCGUCAUGUACCAAGCGGCUAUUCGGAACUGCACAGCAGGCAACGAUUUCAUGAUCGGCUGGGAUGACGCCAAAAAGCACGACACUCGCUCCACCAUCCUCCACAAAGUCUUCUUCGAGAAAGGCUUCGAGCAAAAUGCUUCCGAAUUCUUCCGCACAAACGUCAAAUCCCUCAUCGCCAAAAACUCCCUCUCUUUCAAGAAGGGUCGCAAGUCCAUCGACAUCGUCCGCGACGUAACAAACAUCACACCCAUCCUCUGGCUCGCAGACCGCUUCGCCCUCCCCCUCAAGACCCCCGAACACCCCCGCGGCCUAAUCACCAUCUACGAAGCCUUCACGGCAUACCUAGUACUCUUCAUGUACCAAAGCUUCAACAUCAUCCCGGAGAACGAGUUCAAGCUCCGCGAAGGCGCCAUGAAAGCCGCAGAACCGCUCCGCAAGAUCUUCGAAGCACACCUAAAAUCCCAACAAGGCCUCAAAGAGCACCUUGUAGACUGGCUGGCCAAAGGCAGCGCCUUCGAAGUCGGCCCUACCGCCGACCGUCUGUACCACGCGUUGAACGACAGCGGGCUACCGCUCGGCGAGAAGAUUGGAGAUUGCAUAGGGAUGGGUGCGCCUGUUGCGGGCAACAUCACACAGCAGGCUUCGUUGCUGAUUGAUUUGUUUUUGAGCGAGGGUUAUGAGGUUUACAAAGACCGGAUUGUGGAGCUUGCGCACAGAGAGGAUGACGCUUCCGAGAGGGAGCUGCAAGGGUUCGUUAUGGAAGGGAUGAGGCAUGCUGGUGUGGUUCCAGGUCUACCUCGCAUUGCGACUAGAGAUAUCACCAUUGAUGAUGGAGUUCGCGGUCCUGUUUUCGUUCCGGCUGGUCAUACGAUUCUGAUCGCCACGUCGAGGGCUGCGAUGGAUCCGCUUGCGUUCCCGGAGCCGGACAAGCUGAACCCGCAUCGGCCGUUCAAGGAUUAUAUCCUGCUGGGGCAUGGGCUGCAUUUCUGCUUUGGCGCGAGGCUUGUGGGGUGUUCCUUGGCUGCUACGUUGAGGGAGGUGUUCAAGUUGAAGAAUGUGAGGCGUGCGCCGGGGAAACAGGGGAGGUUUACGAUUACGGAGCAUGAGGUUGCUGGGGUGAAGAUGAGGCAUUAUCUUGAUUCUAACGCGAAGGAGUCGCCGAUUCCUACGAGCUUGACGCUGCAUUAUGAUGAAUGA